AUGGCGCCGACAACCAAGAAGGCGUCUCCUACGCUGAAGCAGCUUGAGGCGAAGCUGAGGUCGUCCGAUGAGUUGUUUCAUGCGGUGUACGCGUUCGCCAGCGAGAUGAACAACACGACCACGUUGAGUCAAGUGAAGGUUCGCUUGGAAAAGCUUGACGGACUUUGGGAGAAAGUCAACGAUACCAUUCUGGACAUCGAGAUGCACGAGGACUACGCCGGCACGGACGACGCGUACAGCAAGAAGAGGAAGGACUGCCUACAGUGUUACUACGACACCAAGACGCUGUUGGUGGACAAGGCCAAAGAGUUGGAAACCUACCCAGAUCUAAACACGACCCAACGCGAUCUCAACGCGACGCAACAUCCAAUCCACGACCACGUGCGACUGCCACAAAUCCAGUUGCAGAAGUUUGACGGCAAGCUGGACGAAUGGUUGAGUUUCCGGGACUUGUACACGUCGUUGAUCCACUGGAAGAAGGAUCUUCCGGACAUUGAGAAGUUCCAGUACCUCAAAGGAUGCCUGUUGGGCAAGCCGCGAACAAUGGUCGACAUGAGCGCCAAGAAUUACCAGGUCGCGUGGGAGAUCCUGACGAAAUACUACAACGACAACAAUCUGCUGAAGCGAAGUCAGGUUGAAACGCUGUUCAAUCUUCCGACAUUGACCGAGGAGUCGGUAACUGAUCUUCAGGAACUUCUGGAAGGGUUCGAACGGGCCGUUCGGACGCUCGAUCAGUUUGUGAGUCCGGAAGACUACAAGGACCUGUUGUUGCUGCACCUUCUCUCUUCGAGACUUGAUCCUGUCACAAAGCGAAGCUGGGAAGAAGUCACAGCGGCAAAGGCGAACAAGGAAAACAAGGAAUCCAACGAGCCCAAGGAGAAAGAAACGGUCAAGGACUUGACUGAUUUUCUGUACACCCGGAUUAGAGUUCUUAGUUCGCUAAAAACAAUGACUGCAGGAAUCAAGGCGGAUACCAAACCAUCCAAGCAGAGGAAGGCUCCCUUCACCCGGUCAAGCUACAAUGCGGUGCAGUCGCCUGGGAUCAGCUGCGUAGUCUGCUCAGAGCCCCAUCUGUUGUACAGAUGUCCGACAUUCCAAGGCAUGUCAGCAAGGGACAAGGUGGUGCGAACGAACUCUAUGUGCUUGAACUGCUUCCGUCGUGGACACCAAGCGACACAAUGUACCUCACGUUUUGUCUGCCAGAACUGUUCGGCCAAGCACCACACCGACGACACGACAAGACACUCGGUGCAAAAAUCUGAUUAA